AUGCAGUCACUGUAAGUACUGCUUAUUAAUACUUCACACUAUUGUUUCAACUUUUUAUACCAUCAUUACUGCCUUUAUCUGAGUAUUAGUAGUUUGCUUUGAUUUUGUUUUCUGAUACUAAAUACUCCUGCAUACAAAUUCUUAUACAACUACAAAACUACUACUCUUUCCUACCAUUAUACUACAAGAUGAACUACUUUAACAUGUUGGAACAAAAACAUUUUUGAAGUACUCUAUACUUGAGAAAAUACGUUUACGAAUAGAAAAUGUGAUUUAAAUACAACAGAAGUACUGUUGCACAUAUACACAGUAACUGUUCUUGUUUGAAUAGUAGUAGCAAUACUUAUUUUAAAUCUCUGCCCUUCAAAAUAUUAGAAAUAAGUUUAAUUACAUACUGAUCAAAUAUACUUGUAUUAAAAUAUUAUAACUUUGUAACACAAGUUCAUUUUGUACUUAAUAAUACUUAGUAUAAGUGUAUUUUCUAAAUAACAGCAGUACUGUAGUAAUACUUUUGUACACUGUUUAUAACAGAGAUGCUGCACCAAUAUUAUGUAUUUAGGAAAGAACAAUAGUACUGCAGUAAUAAUUAGUAUUUCAAAUAUAACAGUAAUACUGCAGUAAUCCAUUGUUAAAAUAUUUUUAAUGGCAGUACUGCAGUAAUAUUUUGUAUUUCUGCUUGUGGUAAUAAAACUCCAGUCUUUCUUUGUACUAAUGUAUAUAAAGAAAGUACUUCAGUUUAACUCUUAGCACUGCACUGUGAAUUUGACCAUGGUACCGCAGUUAUUAUUUGUCCUGGGGUUUAUACAGAAGAACUGCAGUAAUACUGUGUUUUUUCUUGAUAACAGUAAUACUGCAGUAAUACUGUGUUUUUCUUUAAAACAGUAGCACUGCACUUAUUCUGUGUUUUUAUAUACAACAGGAGUACUUCAGUUAUGUGUUUUUUCUUUAUAACAGACAUACUGCAGUUAUACUGCAGUAAUAAUGCAGUAAUUAGUAGUACAUGUGUUUAUACAGAACUGCAGUAAUACUGUAUUUUUAUAUAUAUAACAGUAAUACUGCAGUAAUACUGUGUUUUUUCUACACAACAGCCAUACUGCAGUAAUAAGUAGUACAUGUGUUUAUUCAGAACUGCAGUAAUACUGUGUUUUUAUAUAUAACAGUGGUACUGCUGCAUUAAUACCGUGUUUUUAUAAUAGUCGUGCUGCAGUAACACUGUGUUUUUAUAUAUAACAGUAGUACUGCAGUAAUACUGUGUUUUUAUAUAUAACAGUAGUACUGCAGUAAUACUGUGUUUCUAUAUAUAACAGUAGUACUGCAGUGAUUUUUGACCUCAGAUUAUUGAUUGUCCCUGUUGUUAUGGCCCUGAAUUGAUCAGGGACCUGAAUUGAUCAGGGAUCUGAAUUGAUCAGGGACCUGAAUUGAUCAGGGAUCUGAAUUGAUCAGGGAUCUGAAUUGAUCAGGGACCUGAAUUGAUCAGGGAUCUGAAUUGAUCAGGGAUCUGAUUGGUCUCUGUUCCAGGACUCUGUUGUUCACCGGGUUGCUGGUGGUCUCUCUGGCAGUGAUGGUCUUCUCGGCUCCAGUCGAAGGUAAAAAAAAACUCGGAUUUCUUCUGAAGAUUCUGUAAGAUUCUCUGAGAACGUUCACAGGAGUCUGUUUUUGUAAUUCCAGAGAAGGAGCAGGAGGAGGUGGAGGUGGAGGUGGAGGCCACAGAUGGAGGAGAAGGGGAGCUGUCUGAGGAGGAGGAGGGUAAGAAACCUGCUCUUAUUGUUAAAAAAUUGAUUGGGGAUUUAUUCAGCAGAUCAAACUGAUUGAUUGGUUAUUGCAUUGAAAGUGGGAAUCGAAAUAAAAUUUUUGAACAGCUGGAGAACUUAAUAUGUGUCCUGGAGAGAAAAUACCAAUACACACACAUACAUAUACACAAUCACACACACACACACACUUUUUGUGAAUGCUGAUAUGGAAUGUGAUUGGAGAAUUGAUCAGCUAAUGUCAUUAUUACUAUAACAGGUUAACUCGUUAAUAAUCCAUAAUCAUAAAGAGUCAUAAACGCUGCCUACAUCAUGACUACUUCAAACAUUUAAACUGUGUGUUAAAACAUCCUUACCCAGAAACAUUUCUCUUCCUUUCCAGAUGAUGAUGACUCCAAGAGUCAGGAUAGGAUUGAUGAGGGUGAGAGGCUAAAUCACACUGACCUUCGACCUUUGAUUAACCUGUUUAAACACAUUAAAUCAGAGCGUAAACAACCUCUAAAAACCAAAACAUGAUGGGUUAAUUCAACAAGUACUCUGUAUCACUCAUUACACUUUCUAAGUCUGCAGGAACUGAAGUUAACAAAGUAGAGUUGUAUUAUUUUGGUACUCUGUGUCAUAUCUCUGUCAUAUCUAAACAUCCUUAAACACAGCCUUUAUCAUAUCAGAGCAUAAAUAAUCUCUAAAAAUAAAACCAAAUAAAGAGUGUCAAACUUAGAAAAAUAGAAACAACUGCUGAGCUGUGAUUGAUGUCCUUAUACAGAAAAGUCAUGAAACUUCACUGACAAAGCCAAGAUAAUAUACAGCAGGCCCGUAUAAAUGCACUGCAAACUCAUGCUUAUACACUGCGGAGUUAUUAAAAUACUCUAUUAGUCAUAUAAAUAAACUGCAAAGUCAGGAUCACAUGUACUACAGGAGUAAAUUAAUAAACUCAGGAGUCAUAUUAAUACUGCACCUUCAUGGUUUUAAACUGCAUUGUACUGUAAUCCAGAAUGAUACUACACUGCAGUGUCAUAACUGUAAACUGCAGUUAUAUUUAUAUACUGCAGAAUGAUGGGCAGUGUGUGUGUGUGUGUGUGUGUGUGUGUGUGUGUGUGUGUGUGUGUGUGUGUCAAUCAAACAUGAUUGAAAAAGUAAAUUACUCACAUCUGAGACAAAUUCAGGAAAAUGUGAACCCAUAGUUUCUGCGUGAGAUUAACUAAAUUCUGACCUAAGAAUUAUAACCUCUCCUUAAUGGUUAAUCUGAGCUUCCUGACUCCAACACUCAAACAGCGUUUGAAGUGAUAGCCACAGCAGAGCAGGGUAACUAUAGUUACAUAUGUAGUAACAAUAGUAUAUACAUAUGGUUAUAUAUAGCUAUUUAUAGUUAUAUAUAUGAUGUCUUUGGGGGCAACUCUGCUCUGCUGCUUAACUGAUCAACCACAAUAGAGGGAACGGGCCAAAAUAACAGGCUCUGCCCUCUACUGGCCUCUGAAAAUUUCCAAAGAGGUGGCCAAUCAGAAGAAAGAAAGCUUGUGGAGGAGGCGGCAUAAAGAGACAGCAGCUAAAAAGAAGCGUUUCAGAAAGAGGCUGAAAUAAUAUUUUAAUACACCUCAGUGGGAAAUUUGAGGCUUUUUUGAUAUGAAAAUCACAUAAAUAUAUUUAAGAAUAAAGAAUAGGGUUAUUUAUCCCUCCUUUGUCAUGUCUCAAAAAGUAAUCUACUAUUUACAAAAGAACUGUAGAGUCUGAUGGCUGGAGAGGGAUCAGAGAGGAAAUAUAGUCUAAAAAAAUGCAUGUACCCCCCCCCCCUUAAUUGUACUAUGGAGUCAUAUUUUUAUAAGUAAAAGUCAUAUACCAUACUGCAGAUUCAUACUUUUGUACUUCAUAGUCAGUUUGUUGUUCGGUUGGUUUUUAAGAAUCUUCAUCAACAAGUAAAUGAUUCACCAUGACCACCUGAUACGCCCCCUUUUCCCUCCCCCCAUACCCCUCUCCCACCAUAGCAGGAGUUGUUGGUGUGCAGCAGACCACCGCCAUGGCGGCAGUGCCUGGAGGUUCAGGUGAGUCAGCUCUGAUCAGAUUUCUGUCUUUUCAGGCUCAGGUUUUAUCCGGAUUAACUCAAGGAUAUUCAGACAAGGAUUAACCUGAUUUGGUCUGAUCCAUUUCCUGAAGUUUCUCCUUUCCUCUGAUGGACAUGGUGAUUUAGUAUCCAUACUACUGUAACACUCGAGCUAAACAGAGAAUCUGUAGAAAGUCUUGUUUUACACAAUUUUAAUUCAUCCCCUCAGUGCCAACCCACAUCUAAUAUCCACGGUUGACAGAAAGAACAUAGAUAACAGGUUCAAAUGGAACUUUGACAGGUCACAUUCAACUUAACCUUUAGAUAUAACACCAAGUUUAGAGCUGAUACUGUUCCAAUCCAACUGCCAUUCUUAAAAUCCACUGAACCAAAAUGGUGGCCACACCUGAGGGAAUAAGACAACCGGACAGCCAUGGCCGUACAAAGGACCUUGACCUAUGACAAGGGCCACUGCCUGAAGGAGAACCAUGACCUCAGAGGGAACAAUGACCUUAGAGAAAAAGACGGCCUAAAAGACAGCAUUGGUCCCUCAGAGAACUUUGAAAGUUCCAUCGCCUCAGAGAGGACAGAGGCCUUUAAAAAGGGUCACCAUUCAAUGGCAGCAGCUCGAACAGAGAGUGACUUAGGUGCAAAGUGUCCUUUAUGAUGUUUUUGGCCUUUUGGAGACUGCAGUAACUGUGCAGUUCUCCCAGAGUAGGGAGAGGGCAGCCAACGAUCUUCUGGGCCAUGUUGAUCACCCUCUGGAGUGCUUUCCUCUGAGCUUCUGUGCAGCUUGUUGAAGAACAUGAUCCUCACAUAAACCCCAGGUUCCUCCAGAUGAGACAGGGCACGGUGAAGCAUAUAGAGGACAGCAUCAUCCACCCCAAUGUGUUCUUUGUAUGUAAACUGCAGGGGGUCCAGUUUGUCUUUGACCUCAGACCUCAGAAGGUGUAGAAUCAGCUGCUCCAGGGUUUUCAUGAUGUGUGAAGUGAGGGCCACUGGUCUGUAGUCAUUGAGUUCAGCAGGACAUUUUGUUUUUGGUACUGGCACAAUGCAGGAUCUUCCACAGAGCAGGUACCCGCCCCAGCUGUAGACUCAGGUUGAAGAUCUUGUGGAGAGGUUGACACAGUUCCGCAGCACAGUCUCUAAGCAGCUUUGAACACACACCAUCUGGACCAGCUGCCUUCCCAGGACAAAGUCUUCCAAACUCCAUCCUCACCCCUGUUUCUGUGACAGAUAAGGACUGGUGUUCUAGGAGGGAGGAGCUACAGUGAAGAUUUCCAUGUGCUAAGGAGAGGAAGGUGGAGUAGCAGUGGAAGUGGGUGUGACAGCAGUGUCAAAUCUGUUGAAGAACAGGUUGAGUUCAUCAGCUCUUUUCACCUCACCCACCACUGGCUGUCUUUUCUUUUUACUGCUGUGUCCAGAGAUGGACCUGAUUCCUCUCCACACCCCCACAGAUGUUGCUGUCUUGUAGAUUCCUCUCUAUCUUCUUUUUGUACUCCAGCUUCAUCUUCAUCACCAUCUUCAUCACCAUCUCUAAAAACUUUCUUUCUCUGGUUAAGGAUUGUUUUUAUGCCACUUGUGAUCCAGGGUUUGUUGUUGGGGAAACAGGGAACAGCCUUUGUCGGUAUAACUGUGUCUCAACAGAAGUUGAUAUAUUCAGUAAAACAGUCGGUCUGUCUGUCAACGUCCUCAUACUGUCCUCAUCUGUUCCAAGCAGCACAUUCUUGUCUGUAGAUUUAAAGCAGCCUCCCAACUCAGACUCUCUCCUCCCCCAGCCUCGCUUUGAGAUCCUGUCAAUAAAAUUCAUGUACAGGGGCAGACCUGGUCGAGGCUAACACCCAUCAGGAACUGAUCUGACUCAGAGGACAGAAGUGAGAUUUAGACACAGCUGGAGUUAUACAAGUGCAGGGUGUUUUGUGUCUCAGGGUGAAUGAUGAAACCAGGCCAUUCAUACAAUCAGCAUAAGGCACAUCACAAGAACCCAGCGAAUCAGUGUACUUGAAUAAGAAAACUAUACCUUCUUCUUGGAGCCAGACCGAGGAGGGAGGCAAGUGGUUGCGCCAGAGAGUCAGAUCAGGAAGAGUGUAAAACAGGAAAUGCUCAUCCACCACAACAAGAGGUGUGGUGGUCAGGGGAGGUGAAUACUCAGAACUUUGAACCAGAAUCAGCUUCACUCUGAUUCUGACAUGAAUUAAUGUUGAUCAUGUGAAAAUACAAUACUUUAGUCAAUCCAAAAUGUCACAUUUACUUCGAUAACAGAUUACACACUUAUAAAAUCUGUGUUAAAUGUUCAGCUUCCAGCAUUCUUUCAGUGGGAGGCGGAACAAACGAUGGAACAGCAGGAGGUUCUGUAGGAGGAGGAACAAAAGACGGAACAGCAGGAGGUUCUGCAGGAGGAGUAACAUAUGAUGGAACUGCAGGAGGAGGAGCAAAUGACGGAACAGCAGGAGGUUCUGCAGGAGGAGGAGGAACAAAUGAUGGAACUGCAGGAGGUUCUGCAGGAGGAGGAGGAACAAAUGAUGGAACUGCAGGAGGAGGAACGAAGGACGGAACAGCUGGAGGUUCUGCAGGGGGAGGAACAAAUGAUGGAACAGCAGGAGGUUCUGCAGGAGGAGGAACAAAUGAGGGAAUGGCAGGAGGCUCUGCAGGUAAACAAAACUGAAUAAAUUGUCAGACAGUGACAGGUAAGUGUUUUAAAAAGCAGUAGAGAAGUAAAUCAGUUUUUUCCUGUGACCUAAUUUCUAUCUUGAGUUUGCCCUCUAGUCCGAACAAAAUACCUGAUAAAAAAGAAAAUGUAAAAGGAAAUUUUUGGUUUAUCAUGAACCAAACAAAAAGUCUGCACACACAAGUCUGAGCCCAUAACAUUUUAAAGCCGCGUUCAGACCAGCCGCGACCUGACGCGACUUGGCGACCGCCGGCUGCCUGCGACGCGACCUGACGCGACCUAGCGACCGGUUGCCAAGGCGCGUCCCCGAGGUCGCGUCGCCGAGGUCGCAGGACGCCAAGUCGCGUCGCUCCCAAAGUUCAAAUAUUUGAACUUUGGGAGCGACUCCGUGCCGCGACAGCCAAUCAGGGCUCUGCUGACGUCAACAAACCGGCGAAACAAGGAAGAGGAGAAGAAGAAUCACAAUGGAGGAGCAGUUAAUCACAUCCGUUAGCUACCACCCGGUGCUACACGACGUGGGUUGCGGGCUGUACCGCUACGCAACGCCAAAGAAGAAGCAUGGGGGAAGGUGUCCCGUGAUGUCGGGCUUUCUGGUAAGUUUGUUUGUUUAUUUAUUUAUUUCAGUGAGCGGACUGUUUUAUGAAAACAGAGCUAACUGCCCCUGCUUGCUAGGCUACAUGUUUCAACGUAUGUGUGUGUGUCUUUGCAGUGGAUGUGUGCCGCAAGCGGUUGAAGGGGCUUAGGGACGUUUAUAUGAGGGACAGACAGAUAGACAGGCGCUCCGAAGCUGAGAUGGAGCGCCUGUAUUUCGUGUCCAGGCGGGAGAUGCUGCUUCCCACUCGGGCGAGGAGGUCCUCGAACUGCGCCGUCGACACACGGAAAUACCGCUGGAAGCGGCCGUCGUCCAGGCGGAGUUCCUGGAGCAAGCGGUGAAAUUCACCCAGCUCCGUCCUCCUCCGGAUGGUUUCAUGCACCCAUAAACGCCGGCGGCGUCUACUGCGUAUGUACAGAUAUGCGGCAGCACUGAUGAACUGAAAACUGAGCUAGUGACAUGGAUGACGUCACCGGCGACCAGCCGCGACCUGCGACUGCAGCUUUGGACCCGGUGUGAACACACCAGAGCACCCCGCGACGCGACGUGACCGACCAAAGCGACGCGACGUGGUCGCGUUUGGUCUGAACGCGGCUUAAGACUUUAAAACAGUCUAAAUCUAUAACAGUCAUAAUCUAAUACAUUCUAGGUCUAUAACAGUCUGAGUUGAUUACAGUCCAAGAGCCAAUCCCAAUCGUCAGUCUUUCCCCUCCCCCUUGGCCCUCUGUUUUGAAGGCCAUGCCGGAGGUUGAAAACACGUCUACGAAACAAGACGCCACUCGAUUCCUGCUACGUCAUCAUGCUUGGCCGCUUGCUGGCUGUGUUGUUGGCUGAUACAACAAUACCGGUAAACAAGUUGAAACUGUUGAACUACUGUUAUAAGGUUAAGCUGUUGUUAGCUGUUGUCAGCAAUAGCAGUUGAAAACAAUGCAUAACAUGGUAUUUGACUCAUAUAAGAGCAAAUGUAGAAGCUCCUGCUGUAGCUUCUAUGUUAGAGGUUACUAACAUUCUGUCUAAUUAUUCAUGAAAUGCAGUACAUCGAAGUCAAGUCAGUCUGCGGUGAAUUUGUCACCCGAGUCUGACAUCAGUGUAGCUAUCAUUAGCUAUAACUUUGAUAGCUAGCUUGUCAUAACAAGCAAAGUUAAAACGCAAACAAUUCAAAACAUUGCUAAUAUUUACGAGGAGUAGCAAAGAAUUGUCUGACUCUUUGUUAAAAAGUUUCAUUACAAUGAAAAUCAAAAUCUUCCAGCUUCCAAGUGAGGUCCCGGUUUGUCUUCGUUUCAAGGGGUGCAUUCCCCUUCCCCUUAACCUUAUGGAGAAUUGGGACACCCCAUGGCUUGACGUGAACGUGCAAAACCGAGGGCUAAGGGGUAGGAUGAGGGCUAAGGGUUACAACUGGUAUUGGCCCCAAGUCUAUAACAGUCUUAGUCUAUUUGUUAAUGAGUCUUAUGUAACCUGUUUUUUUGGUUGCAGGGUUUGAAGGAGUGGAAUCAGAUACCCACAGUAAAUAUCAGAUUAAUACUCACCAAGUCUGUUAAUCCAAACACACAGAAACACAUAGAAACUCACACAUGCCAAAGCUAAAUGCAGGAAACAUCAGAGUGAACAUAGACUUCCAUUAAAGUGAUAAUUAAUAUAUAUGUGUGUGUUUCAGUUAAUGGGCAGAAACUACUAAACGGAGCAGGAGCAGGAGGGGGCGGUGCCAGCAGUCACACAGGUGAGCCGACAGUCACGCAGGUGAGCCGACGGGGCAAGGCACUAGGGUUGGGUAUCGUUUGAUUUUGAACGAUUCCGAUUCCUCGUUUCGAUUCCGAUUCCUAUCGAUUCUCUAUUUCGAUUCUUGUAAAAGGCAGGAUAUUUAAAAAAAAAUCAUGGUUUGAAUGAGGGUGCUAACCGGAGCUCUUCUUUUUAGAUGAAAUUUCUGAACUUCUCCAUGAAUUUUUAAAUACUUUUAACUUUUUAAGAACUUCACUAUGAAUUUCUCACAUUUUCAAUCAAUACAUAAAUAAACAAUUUUUGUUGUCAGGUCAUUUGUCUAUGAAAAGCUACAAGGGCUAAAGUUAGUUGGAUAUUUAAGUUGACCCAUCGUACACAGUGCAAUUUGUUUGCCGCUUUAAUGUUAGCAGAGGACAGAAGUAAUUUAUUGUUUCACUUAUCUGGUUCUAGCUGGUUAGCGGAAGACCGGUGUUGUGCUGUAGAAUGCACCCCUGCCAUAGAAUGCCUCCCCUCCACUCAUUAGCUUCUUAAAGUGGAAGAAAUAUGAUCUCAUGUUUAAAUGACAUGAGUUGACAUCAUGUCAGAUGGAGCAGUAAACUUUCGUUUUGUUAUUAUUUGUCUCAAAAAUGCACACAUAAAGGUGUACUUGGGUAUAUAAACUGUAGAGUAAGCUGUUAAUGUAGAGAACAUAAUAUUUUCAGGACAGUAAAUAUUCAGAGUCAGAGGGCUGUUGUUUUCGGCAUAUCUGAAUAGUCUGAAUGAAAUCAUUAAAGGCACACGCUUUAGAUUCCGUUCAACGGUAAGGAAAACUUGGAUUGUUUCGCCUUGUUGUGUACUUUCAACCGCGCUCCCGUCAGGGGGGCAUUCUACAGCAGGGGUGCAUUCUAUGGCAUAACACCGGCGAAGCGCGUCAAAGACGAGCACUCGGGUAUUUCUCCUCCAUGAAUUCUGAGGUGUUUAAUCAUGUUGGUCGUUUACCCUCCUUUGCAUGAUAUAACUGUAUUGCUAAUGUUGCUCUGAGAUAAGAGCUCAUUCUUCCUGCUAAAGUUAGCCAAACUUUUGACCAACGAAGAAGAAGCCGCCGAACACCAACGAGGAUGGAGCGUAUGAGACGAAGCCACACAGAGAGAGGAGAGAGACAGACAGAGAGAGUGCAUUGUAACCCACAGCGGCUGCAUUGCUGUGUACGCUCCGUCCUCGUUGGUGUUACGCGGCGUCUUCUUCGUUGGUGUUCGGCGGCUAUUUCUUCCGCCAGCGGACUCCGGCAUCGAAGCUUGGAAACAAAAUUUUAAAAUUUGAACGAUUCCGGUAGAAUCGAAAUGUUAGUCCCGGUCCCCAUCGAUACUCGAUUCUCGAUACCCAACCCUACAAGGCACUGACAGAUAAUGCUUCAGAUGGACUUUACCUGCAGACCUGACGGCACCUACAGUAUCUACAAGUGCCCCCCCAGUAAUACACACAAAACACACAAAAACACACAUACUGUAUAUUCUGAUGGAAGGAGACAGGGAGUCAUGAUGGGACACAGACUAAGAAUACUUGACAAGUUUCCUGUUGUCCUCUCUCUCUGUCUCUCUUUCUAAGGUAAUCUGGGUUCAUUUGGGGGCGGAGUUACACACCUGGACUAUACAGGUGAGUGUCCAGGUGAGGUAUGUGUGCCUUUUUUCAAUGACUAACGAUUGAUGGCUAAGAAGACUUCCGUUCAAACUCAGAGAAAUUAAACUUUAAUAGGUUUUAAGAGGUACAAUUUAGAAGCAUUACAAUGAGUUUGGAACUAUUUAAACUUUUUAACCUGCUUAAAAAAAUCUGUUUUAAUCUGUUUACAAAGCCUGAGACUGUUUUUAUUUUUCAAAACCGUUGAGGUCCUUCUAAGUUUUAUCACGGCUUGUAUCCUGUUUAUCAUUCAGUUAAGACUCCUUGGUUUUGUUUUGUCAUUUUUUUUUUUAGGAGGUUUCGACUCAUCAGGCCACGACUUUCUGCUGAGCCUGAUGGGUGAGUGACUGUCUCCUGACUCCUUCACUGUUUCCUUUCCUUACCGUUUACUGCUUCCUUUGACAGCUUCUUUUCUGACUUUGCUUUGAAUUCCUCUUUACUGUUUCCUGCCUCCUUCCUGUCUCCUUUGUUGUUCCCUUACCAGAGUGACUUCUCAUCUCCUUUUCUGAUCUCCUUUUCUCGGGUCCUUUAUGUCUCAUGCAGCUAACACUAAAGGUUUCUCAGGUGUAUCCGUCAGGUGAUGAUUUCACAAGCUGGCAUUUUACAUUCUUGAUAUCAUCACUAACUGCAUUCUGAAGCCAGAGAGUGUUCAAAUGUCCCAUGUGAUUCUACAGGUGGAGGUGAUCCAUUUGGACCAGGUGUUUACCUCAAUGGGCCAGGUGGGGUUUCAGAUCUUUAAAGUUCCUGUCAAACAAACUGGACAGAAAAAAGUCAUUAGUUAAGUCGUACCUAUGAUUGACAGCAGGUGAUAAGAAGGACAGCAUUUUCGUCAGUACAGUUCAGGUGUCAUUAGAACAGGUGUAAUAAGUCCAGGUGUAAGAAGUACAGGUGUGAUCAGCACAGGUGUAAUAAGUCCAGGUGUGAUCAGUACAGGUGUGAUUAGUCCAGGUGUAAUAAGUACAGGUGUAAUAAGUCCAGGUGUGAUUAGUCCAGGUGUAAUAAGUACAGGUGUAAUAAGUCCAGGUGUAAGAAGCACAGGUGUAAUAAGUAAAAGUGUGAUUGGUCAAGGUGUGAUCAGUUCAGGUUAAAUCGCCCUAACCUGCACAGGUUUGCAUGUUCUUAGUUCAGGUGUUUUGAGGUGAGAUGAGGACAUUAAACUGAUCCUUCUAGAACUUUCAGUGGUGACGGAAUUGAAGAAAGCUUUUGUUUUUACAGGUGACAUGACACCACCCACUCAGCUGGACUCUACAGGUGGGUUCUUGUUUUAAAGGUGAAAUCUGUAGUCAAAUGACUUGUCAGGCAGUGCCCCUGGUGGCCCCCGAUAGCCCACUAUUGACCCUCUAGUGGCUGUCACUCAGACAUCACAUUAAGCCAUGUGACUGAAGCCUCCAAGGUUGAUCAGGUGUUUUAUUUCUGGCUUUGUCGUUUGUUAAACAAACUGAUAGAAAUGUAAAUGUUUCGUUUGUGUUUCAGCUUUUGGUUCCAGUGUAACUCCCAUUCAGUCUGCACACCUUGACAGUGGCUCCAGUCUGGACUCACAUGCAGGUACUGACUCCACCCACGGGUGACAUAUGACCUGCAUACAGGUGUUUGAAUAUGAAAGUAAGUCUCACAGUAAACUUCGACCUUUGUGUUGAUAAGAGCCUGUUUACUAACAUCACUUAUUUGAUCCGUAAACUCUGUUUUUUAGCGGGAAUGUUGAUUCAUAAAUUUUCAUGUUUGACGAAGAACAGGAAGGAAAACUCUCUCCAAAGAUAAACAAUGUCACUUUAAGGACCCUUAAACAUUCAGGGUUUAGAGUUUGGAAAGUGACUUUGAAGUCCACUGAAACAUUUUUAUAUCGAAGAAUUUAAUAUUGUGAAUAUCCCUGAAAGACGGCUCGGGUUCUGGUGCCGUUUCUAUAAGCUGUCAAGACCCGUUCAAACAAAGUGAGAGCUGAGUCAGUGCAAAUCUGAAAUGGACCUUCCACCAGGGUACAAGUGGGGAUCAGGUUCUCCACCAGGGUACGAGUGAGGUCUAGGGUCUCUAUCAGGGUACAAGUGAGUGUUACAGCCUCAAUCAUGACCCUUUUCACUGAAUCUGAAACCC